AUGGGAAGCAAGGACUGGAGCAAAAAGAAGAAUCAGCAAGAGGAAUUUUAUCCAGACAACAAUUCAACAAAUAUUGAAGACACUAUGAAGACUUUGGGCAUUAAUGAACAAAUCAAGGAUGAUAUUAUCAGUUGUUUACCAGAUGAUAUCCUCAGCCGGAUCAUUUCCUUUCUCCCUUUUGAUUCUGCCAUCCGAACCAGUUUACUUUCAACUCGAUGGGAAAACCUAUGGAAAAAGGCCUUUUUGGCUAGAGAUGGGACCAUAGAAGAUGUUGUUCAUGUUGUUACAAGCUUUCUCAAUGUUUUUCACCAACUUCGGAAAUCAGAUAAAAACUGGGAGUUUCAGUUUAGCUAUGGCGAAGGCCAUAUCGUCUCAGUUGCUGUAGAUCCCAAUAAUAAUACCCUCCAUCUCGAUUUCUCUUCUGGUAAACCAGAAUUUCCCACGGAGUUUGGCAUUGCAUUUUCACUAGAUCACAAAAUCCGUACCCAUGAGCCAUUUCCCUAUACAUUCAAAGCAAAAAGUCUUCAUCUAACGUCACUCGGCAAACUUUCAUGUGUGGCAGCGUCAGAUAUAGCAUUAAAUUGUCCAUUUCUUGCAAGCGUGACAAUCACCAAAUGCAAUGGAUUAGAAAUUGUAGAUUUUGCUCUUCAUUGUUCAAGUCUUCGAAGUUUAAGCGUCUUGGAUUGUCCACAAUUGAAAAAGCUCUUCAUCGGUGGUGAUUCCUUUCUUUGGUCUUUUCGAUUUCGGGGAUUACUCCCAUGUUUUAACCGUUUCGUUUUCAACUUGGUCAUUGCACAUGAUGCCAUGCUUGAUUUCAGACAAGGCCCUGGCGACAUCGACAUCAAGACUUUUGAUUUUACCAUAUUCCGAAGCAUAGAAUACGUGAAAUCGCUUACAAUUUGUAGAUGGUUUUUCGAGACAGUAAUAUGCAGAAAGCUGCAAAUUUCGGGUGAGAAUUUAUUGUUCGGCUCAUUAACAGAUUUGUGGUGGAUUGAAUAUUCAGAGGCAAGAUACAACAGUGAUGCUCUAAUUUCUUUCCUAAAAUUCUGUCCACGUUUGGAGAGACUUUAUGUAACAAUUGAUCCUAGCAGCUAUGGCGUGAGCGGUAGAUAUUGGUAUCCAGAGAAAGUUCCAUGGACUUUAAGUAGAAAAAAUCUCAAGGUGGUCAAAUUAGAAGGAUUAGCAAAUGAAGAAGAGGAGAUCUUAGUUGCAAUGAAGUUGAAAGAGUUAUUUUCAGUUGAACCAUUGAUUAUAGCAAAGUCAAGUCGGACUUGCUUGCGGCGUCUAGUGAAAGUACCCAACAAGAAGAUGAAGAAGAAGAAGGAAGGGAAGUUACCAUACAAGUUCAAACAAGGAGUUGAAAAUCUUCAUGAAGUAUGCCCUAAUCAUGUUCAUAUGGAUUUGUAA